CCCCCUCUCCCUCACCUCCUUCUCUGGCUCCACCCUUUUUCUCUCUUCCUCCCUCUCACAACCUUAACAAUCAACACCAAGCUACAACAACAGCAAGGAGGAGUACUUUGUGUUCGGAGAAUCUUCCAAACCCACGCAGAAGAGCAAUGGUGCCAUUGUCUCGCAGACUCUUCACUCUCACCGUUCUGCUUGCGGUGUUGUUUUCUGCUGCCUCCAACGCAGUCAAUGAAAGUGAGAUCACCAAACACAAGGCCACAGAAUCAAGGGAUGUGGUUGAGGAAGAGAAGUUGCGUGGUCAGAACUUGAAGAAUUCGUCCAUGGCAGAAAGGUUGGAGGAUGGUUUGAAUGAACAUGCAAUUGAUAAUCCAGAGGAGAUCGCUUCUAUGGUUGAUGAGAGCAUCCGCAAUUCGACGGCUCGAAGGAAUCUGAAUUUCUUCUCAUGCGGGACGGGGAACCCAAUCGAUGACUGCUGGCGGUGCGACAAGCGGUGGUACCUCCGGCGAAAGAAGCUCGCCAACUGCGGCAUCGGCUUCGGCCGCAACGCGAUCGGUGGGCGCGACGGCCGCUACUACGUGGUGACGAACCCGAACGACGACGACCCCGUGAACCCGAAACCGGGAACGCUCCGGCACGCCGUGAUUCAGGACCGACCCCUGUGGAUCGUGUUCAAGAGGGACAUGGUGAUCACGCUGAAGCAGGAGCUGAUAAUGAACAGCUUCAAGACCAUCGACGGGCGCGGCGUCAACGUCCACAUCGCCUACGGCGCGUGCAUAACCAUCCAGUUCAUCACCAACGUCAUCAUCCACGGCGUCCACAUUCACGACUGCAAGCCAACGGGCAACGCCAUGGUUCGCAGCUCCCCCUCCCACUACGGAUGGAGAACGCUCGCUGACGGGGAUGGCAUCUCCAUCUUUGGUUCAAGCCACAUUUGGAUCGACCAUAACUCCCUCUCCAGUUGCUCUGAUGGACUCGUCGACGCCAUUAUGGGCUCCACUGCCAUUACCAUCUCCAACAACUACUUCACCCACCACAACGAGGUCAUGCUUCUGGGUCACAGUGACUCUUAUGUCCGCGACAAGCAGAUGCAAGUGACCAUUGCUUACAACCAUUUUGGGGAGGGACUUAUCCAAAGAAUGCCCAGGUGCAGACACGGGUAUUUCCACGUGGUUAACAAUGAUUAUACCCACUGGGAAAUGUAUGCAAUUGGUGGCAGUGCUGAUCCCACAAUUAACAGCCAAGGCAACAGAUACCUUGCUCCUGUGAACCCUUUUGCCAAAGAGGUAACAAAGAGAGUAGACACGGGUGCAUCCGUAUGGAAAAGUUGGAAUUGGAGGUCUGAAGGAGACCUUUUGCUGAAUGGAGCCUAUUUCACCUCUUCGGGAGCAGGAGCUGCAGCGAGCUAUGCUAGAGCUUCAAGUUUGGGGGCGAAGUCAUCUUCUUUGGUUGGUACCCUUACCUCUGGAGCUGGUGUUCUAAACUGUCGCAGGGGUAACAUGUGUUAAUAUCAAACACACUACAACCAAAGGAAAACCCAAUUGAAACACCCGAAAAAAAUGAGGCAGAGAAAAGCAUAAAGAAAAAGGAAGAAAGAAAAGUUUUCAUUCUUUUUCCUCUUAUUAUUGCGUUGUUAUAGAUGUACUGAUUAGUUUGCACAUGCGGCAACUGUGAUUACAGCCGUUGUUUGUCUUCUGACUAGUUAGAUAUCUGGGGGGACAUUGUACAUUUUAUGUGAACUGUUAUCAAAUUGAUAACAGUGAUUGCUUGAAAGGCAUUUUUCAUAAGUGCCAGAGAGAUUUCCCUAUAAUUUUCCAAGGGAAACUAAGUCUAUUCUCUCUUCCCCUUAGUUUCUUUCUGUCUUCCCAUGUAUCCUCUAUUGUAUGGUCUUACUACUUACUACACCUUCAUUAUCUGUGUCCUUCAUUUAGUAAAACGGAAGGGGGGAUAAAAAGGAAUGUAUUACUCAAAUACUUGCUUGUCUAUUUGUUUAAAUCAGAAUAUUAUCAUCUUCUACUUA